UUCUCCUAGGUCCGAGGACCGUCGCUCCGAACUCCAGCCUCAGUGAACCUGCCGCCCUGCACGCGCCCACGUUGACAACGCUCAGUGAAACCAGAAAAUAAAGAGCACAGUGAAACUUAUUUUCAUCGUUCCUGAAAAAACAUUAAGAUGUCUUCAGCAGAUCCAACAGCCAGCAAAAGACUGAAUCUAGAGAAGGCAACCAACUUUAUGAGGCAAUACAGGGAUCCUGACUCUAGAGAGCUCAAGAAAUUGUCUGCCAACCAGUUCAUGGAGGUUUGGAGCCAUUACGAUAAAGAUGGUAAUGGAUACAUAGAAGGGACAGAAUUGGACGGUUUCCUGAGGGAAUUCGUAUCCAGUGCGAACAUUUCUGAUGUUGGUCCAGAGGCAGUAUCCGAUGAAAUGUUGGUGGAACUAAAAGCCUGUUUUAUGGAGGCUUACGAUGAUAAUCAGGAUGGUAAAAUAGACAUACGAGAGCUUGCUCAACUCCUACCCAUGGAGGAGAAUUUCCUCCUCCUCUUCCGUUUCGACAACCCCCUGGAAUCAAGCGUCGAAUUUAUGAAGAUAUGGAGAGAAUACGACACAGAUGGCAGCGGAUACAUAGAGGCUGACGAGCUCAAGAAUUUCCUCCGAGACCUACUGAAGGAGGCGAAAAAAAUCAACGACGUCUCAGAGGACAAACUCAUAGAAUACACCGACACAAUGCUCCAAGUGUUCGACUCGAACAAGGAUGGCAGGCUCCAGCUUUCGGAAAUGGCCAAAUUGCUCCCAGUAAAAGAAAAUUUCCUCUGCAGACAAGUCUUCAAGGAAGGAAUAGAAGGUGCCACAAAAUUAACCAAGGACGACAUCGAGAGAGUUUUCGCCCUCUACGAUCGGGAUAACAACGGAACCAUAGAAAAUGAGGAAUUGAGGGGUUUCCUCAAGGAUCUUCUAGAGCUCGUCAAAAAGGACUAUGACGCCCAGGAUUUGUUAGACUUCGAAGAAACCAUCCUUCGAGGUGUGGACUACAACAAGGACGGCAAGAUCAACAAGAAAGAGCUGACGAUGAUCCUUUUGGCCAUCGCAAAACACAACCAGGAAGAGGAUACAUCUGCAUAAAAGUUACUCCGAAAAAAAAUCAAUCUGUGUUAACGAAAAAAUGUUGCCAAGAAUUAACUGAAGAUACACACACUGUUUUUGAGAUGUUAGAGUUUAGGAAAAUUAUGAUAUCAUGUUGCAGUAGAAUGUUCCAAGACACCAAUUUAUCUAGAUGUAAGGAUCUAAGUGUAGAGCUUUCGUUGUUACAUAUCAAGAGUAUAAUUUUUUUUCUCAUCAAAAGUUCGUCUUGUACUGAAUUUCUAUUUUUAUACGUGGAUAUACGUUCGAUAGUUGCGUUCUAUGAAGCAUCACAGCGAAGAAUAUCAUUUUACGUACAUCAGACCCGUUGCUUUCCGAAAAUAUUCUUGUCUCAGUAAAGUUGGUUUUGUUUCACAUAAUUAUUCCAUCCUCGUCGUUUUAAAAUAUCGCCUACAAAUAUUCUUAUAAAAGUUGCCUACUCACGUACCGACCACCUUUCGAUUCAGAACUGUCGAUUUGACCCGAUACGAUUGAACCUGAAGAUCAAGAACUGACGAUCGUAAAUGACGUCCAUCGUAAAGUCAGGUGUUCGAUGCUAAAAAUUUCACUGAAUAGUGAAUAGUGCGAGCCGCAGCAUGCAAUAAUUUUAUUAUAAAAAAAAAGAAUAAAAGUCGUUUCAAAGUAAAAGAAUGGUUACUCAAACAAAAAUCUCGUGCCCAUUAUAAUUAAACGAAUUUCAAUAUUUUCUCAUUUAUUCAUCUACUCUAUAAUUUUGAAGUCGGAAUGAAACAAUUCUUGAAUUCCACAAAUUUAUUGUUGAGAUCAACUGAUACCUACAAUAUUGUUAUCAGUUAAAACGUAGAAUUACCUGACAAAGCUUCAGUGAGUGCGUAAAACUUUCCUAAUAUUCAAAUAUGUGGAAAUCAAGUUUUGUUUCAUUUCAUCCGUUUCUUUUACUAGAAUGCCCAUUUCAACGGAUAUAAUUCGGAGUCUUUCGAAAAACUGUCGAUUAGAUCGAACGAUCAUUCUCUUCUCAUGUCUGUUUAGCAAACGUUCUAAGAUCUGCACCUGACGAUAGCCACUGCAAGAGCAGUCUAAAUUCACAAUUCUGAUCGAUGAGAACUAUUGAAAAUGAAGAUUUGAAAUGCGUUUUACGUAAUACGAUUUGAUCGUACGAUAGAAACGAAAGAUCGAGGUCUGACGAUCGUGAAUUUGACUACACACGUUCAGUUCAAAGCUUGUAUCUCCCAAAAGUGAAGAAUUAAAAAAAAGUCUAGCGAAAACUUGGGACUGUCUAUCUGAUCGGCCGAUCCUGACUGAAGAUCUCAAACUGAAGAACAUCGCAGAGUGAGUAGUCAAGAAAAAACUGACGAUCUGACAGUUCUAAUUGACAAGUGACCGGUACUUGAAAAGGCCCUUUGACUCUUUCAAAUCACUUCUUCGAUCGAUGUCAUGUUAAAAAAAGCAAAAACUCUGAUGCGUUAGUUUUUGCACGCUUCUGAACUUUCUGCACAAUCAUCUAUCUAUAUAUCGUAGGUAUAAUUGAAUCUUGAAAUAAUAUUUAUAUAUCUAUAUAGAUUUUAUCGUGAAUUUAAACUUCGAAAAUUUUAUAUUGAUCAUUGACGUUGGUUCGAAAUGAUUUUGUGAUAAUUUGGCCCAGUCGUUGGGAUGAGAUGAAUGGUAAUCCUUUACUGACCUCUACAGAACUGACUCAUUGAGAAAAUCGUAAAUUCAAUCAUGUGAUCUUAAAAUAUUAGUAGUUUGAGGACUUACUAUACAUGGUGUCCUAGAUAAGGCGUAACAAACUGGUAAGUUAGAUAGUAUGUACUAACGAAAAUAAGAACAAAUAUCCUACAAAUUAAAAUACAAUACAAUGAAAAAAAUUUUUGAAGUAUUCGAGAACAAUUCGCGAAGUACAAUUUCUUGUAUCGAAAUCAAUGGUUGUCAUUUUAAAUGGCUGCUAUAAUCUGAUUUUUGUUUCAAAAUCAAUAAAAAUCCCGUUAAUUUGAAACGGAUGAUAAUGAAUUACCCAAAUCGGAUCGCAUAAAUUCUCACACUUCGACACCGUUGGGAAUUAUUGGAAAAAGUUUUUUUUUCAAUUUGACCACCCUGUAUCUCAAAAAUGAUAACAGUUCUCAGCAAAAUUCUUCAUUAAUUUCAUUGAUGUUAUUAUCUUGUUUGUUACGUCUACUUUGAGACACCCUGUAUCUAUUGAUAUUGUGUUACAUCAAUUAUAAUAACUUUACGCACAUUUUUCCUAAUCGAACUGAUUGUGAAUAUUUCCAAAUUGAUAUGGAUUAUACUGUAGAUUUUCAACUAAGUAGCCUUUGAAAUGUUCUUUGCAGUUAUAACUUACUAUCAUCAUUGUGUACAUCUAAAAAAUCUUGCAAUCAAUUAUAAUUUGCAACUCGCUCUGUACCUACUAGAAAACUAGGCCGUUCUCAGCUCGAAAAAACUUUGUUAUAAGUGUUCUAUAAAAUAACGUAUCUGUCCUUAUAUGUGCAUUAUCACUACUUAUAGAAAGACAAUUUCAUAAAUUUUAAUUAUAGCAGAUCAUCGAAAUUUUGUUAAUUCACACAUUGUUCAUCAUUUUUACCAUAUUAUAUUGUGGUUGAAUAUUCCGUCAUUUGUUAUUUUGUAAUUUCAAUGUGUUCAAGUGAACACAUCAGGCAUGUUGAAUGUACCUAUACUGGUACAGGAAUAGGUGCGAUAAAUCAAUUUAGUCUAAAAUAAAACGCUAAAGUGUAAACGUGAUAAUUUGACGUAUCAGCUAGUUUUUACAUACCUUUUUACACCCUUCUUUGAGUGUCAUGUUACUGAAUUCAUAAGUUCAAUAAAAAUUUCUUCCCAA